AUGAAGUCCUCCGAAGUCGUCGUUAAAGUCGAGAAACAAACGAGGCGACACUCGCACAAAGGCAACAGGCCUUCGAUUCCGCAGACGAAAUCUUGUCCGAUUUGCUUUGCCAAGUUCACCCGCAAUACCCAUUUGACCCGUCACCUUCGAACGCAUUCAAAUGAAAGAUUGCAUCGCUGCGAUAUAUGUCUCUCCCAGUUCACGAGAAGUGACCUUCUCUCCAGGCACAAAAGAAGCUGUGGCGACCUGCUUAACAAGGGCAAGUCGAGACGUAAAUCGUGUGAAGCUUGUGCAGAGUCGAAAAUACGAUGCGACCUGAAGCACCCAUGCUCGAAGUGCACCUCACGCGGACGGGACUGUGUCUUCGUCAAUGACCCGGAGACAUCGAGGGAGAAGAAAGCUGCAGCAACUCCUUCGACAUCAAACAUCUCCCCUUCGAACGACUCGGUCACCGACUUUUACGAAGGAUCGCCACGGUCGGCUGGUUCUGCACCUACCCCUCCCUCCGCUGUCGACUAUCCUAACUAUACCGCCGCGCAAACAAUGACCCUGUCGUACACGCAGACACCAACGGGAUCAGCGAGCGCCUCUCCCACUUUGUUCUCACAAUCAGUGGAGUCGUCCCAAGCGGCCAACUUACGCGCUUUCGAUGAGCUCACGGCCAAAGUCGACUAUGUCGAAACGCCAUAUCAGGCUUCUCUUGAUGACCCCCACAGGUUGUCUACGUCGCAUCAGGAUGUCCACCUCAUGAAGUUUGGACAAUUCCUGUUCACCAAUUCCCCUCCCCCGAAUGAAGAUGUAACAAGCAUUAUCCCUACUGGAUGGGACGUGCGGCCGCCUGACAUGGCGACUAUGACCAGUGUCACUCCAUCGCACGACUUUUUGAAUCAUGACGGAUUGUCUCCCGACUGUUCACUGAUUCUUUUCAAUCCGCUUUCUAUCGAUGCGUCAAUACCACGGCCGACAGUUUCUAUGAAUACUCUCGAUGAGCCGACCGAGACUGAACUCCGGCAAUACCUAAUCACUUUCUUCACGGCUUUCUCGCCACAUGUCCCGAUUGUGCACCAUCCGACGUGGAGACUCGAAGACUUGCCGCCUGUGCUCAUACGAGCUAUGCAAGCAUGCGGCGCACUGUUCACCAAGACACCACAGGCGAACGAGUUCGCCGCACAGACGCUCGCGGCUACACGGGAAGCGCUUCUUGAGGAAGAUGUAAGUCGUCUUUGUCAAACAUCAGCCGAGUUUUACCUCGUCAUUUCUGUGUUGCUCGUACAAAGCAUCGGAAUGUUUCACCAACGCUUCGAGGAUCGCGAGGCCUCGAAUAUAUAUCAUCGCAUAAUUGUUUCGAUGAUCCGCAGGCGUCAUCUCAUCGCGGAAUGCUCGAGUUGGACACCGCCCGAUUUAUCUGACCCGUACACACUUGAGGCGGCAUGGCAGGAGUGGCGGGUACAUGAGAUGGUCAAACGCGGUCUCAUUGUGUCCUACGUGCACGAUGUUGUGCAUUGCGUUUUCUUCUCACUAUCCCCGGCUUAUGAGAUGGACGAGCUGAACAUCUGCCUCCCGGUGGAGGACGAGUUAUGGCGUGCGAGCUCUGCUCAAGAAUGGUACCUCCUCCUGCAGCAACCGUCCCCCUACGGUUCGAUACCCGCGCGACUCAGCGGUUUCAACAUGUGCAAGGCCCUCGCCAUGCUAGCCACCUCAUCAUCUGCCGUCCUUCCUGUCCCACCAUUCGCAAACUUCGUGCUCGUGCAUGCAAUUCUCCGCCUCGUAUUCGACCGAACUACUGCCCGAAGCGCGGCUACGGAAGGCGAAUUCGCACUACACAUUCAGGUCCUUCUCCAGAGUUGGCUCCAUAAUUGGAUGAACGCACCCGACGGUCCGCAAACACAAUCGCAUUCGGAUGAGCCACCAUUCAUGCAGCACGCCACGCCAUACUACUACCUUGCGCAAGCCUCGCUCAUGCCGUUUCAGGAUGGCAUGCCUGCUAUCGGGGGACCACAUUCGGCACGAUCUUAUUCGCCUGAGGUUCGAUACCGUGUCUUGACACAAUGGUUAUACUGCGUUAGAGCGUUUCUGAAGACUGGAGGACCCUGGCAGGGUCCGACGACGUAUGCGUUUUUGAGGGAUUUAGUGAAUAUGGGAAGGCAGGAAAUCGUUGAUUCGCAGGGUGUCGGGGUGACCGGGGCUCUCGACGGAGAAGAGAUCAGGAAUUCGCAUGAUGUCUCGGAGGCGCUGAACCGCUCGUCAUUUGUAAGAGCAUCGUAG